UUGUUUCUCUCCAUCACCACGACCACCAUCACCUGCCGCCACCACCGUCGACGUCUUCAACAGUCUCUUCCUUGUAUUCUUCCGUCUCUGCUCUAACUACAGCCAUGGAUAAGUCCCUCGACGAGAUGAUCAAGACCCAGAAGAAGACGCGGUCGAAGGCGAAGCCCGCACGCCGACGGAGCAGCGGUGUUAAGCAGCAACUCAUAGGCAAGGGCGCACCCGCGGCGGCAGCGAGCCCAUCCACCAAAGCCGCGCGCAAGGCCGCAGCAGCGGUUGCACCUGCAGCUACUACACCCCAACCCGCCGACAAAAUCAUCGUCUCAAACCUCCCACUUGAUGUGACCGAGGCUCAGAUCAAGGACUUAUUCCAGACGACAGUUGGCCCCUUGCGUGCCGUCCAGCUGAACUACGACGCCUCCGGGAGAUCAAAAGGUGUCGCCACUGUGCACUUCCAGCGCAAGGGUGAUGGCACCAAGGCGUUCCAGCAGUACAACAACCGGCUUAUCGAUGGGAAACGCCCCAUGAAGGUCGAAAUCGUUAUCUCGACGCCGGUCGCGCAGCCCUCGCUCGCCGCGCGCGUUGCGCCAGCCCCCGUGGCCGCUGCCGUCGCACCCAAGACUGCGAAGAAGGUGAAGAAGCCCGCGAAGAAGGGCCGCAAGAAGGCUGAGCCCCGCCCGGCGAAGACCGCUGCUGACCUCGAUGCGGAGAUGGAGGAUUACACGGCCUCCAAUGCCCCGGCCGCUGCUUGAUUCGUCCGUUAUCUGUCCUAAUUGAUCUCUGCACUUUUCCUUGCUGUCUAUCCUCUACUCGAUUCUCUGAUUUUGGGUGACUGUAUGUUCCGUUGCGUCGUCUGGUGAUUCAUUUAGAUACCGCAAUUGUAUGAAUGGCGUGCUCUGCGCUGUAAUCCUCCUCCCGAACUCGAAUCCGUACAUUCCAUUCAAACAGUUAUAUGGCUG